AUGUAUGUUUUUGCCACUGAUAUUAAAGUCAGCGGUGGUUUAUAUAUAUCUCCCGCCUCUCCUCAGAGUACCUACUGCUCUACCCUGAUCCAUCAUGCGGAAGCCAUAAACCGCUCUGUACAGGUGGUCAACCUAGACCCAGCCGCUGAAUACUUUGAUUACCCGGUCAUGGCAGGUAAUUAAACACAUCUCUUAGGAGUUCUGAUACUGUGAUAGUCCUGUUUCUCUAACAUUGAGUAGCACUGAUGGCUGUUUUCCUACCCUCAGAUAUCCGGGAGCUCAUCAUGGUGGAUGACGUGAUGGAGGAUGAGUCACUGAGGUUCGGCCCAAAUGGAGGGCUGGUGUUCUGCAUGGAGUACUUUGCCAACAACUUUGACUGGCUGGAGGAGAGCCUGGGUCAAGUGUAGGACGACUACAUACUGUUUGACUGUCCUGGUAAGGUGCUUUUCAUAGAGGGGGGCAAGGAACGUGACCUGGAUGAUGAUGAUGAUGAUGGAGGUUAAGUGAACAUGGUGAAUAAUAUGGAUCUGAUUUGAUGUUGACCAUGAUGAUGAUAGUGAUGGUGGUUGAGAAGUUUGUGAUGUGGUGAGAAUGGUAUUGACGACGAUGAUGACGGUGUUAGUGAUGUCUUCAGGUCAAAUAGAGCUCUACACACACCUCCCUGUGAUGAGGCAGCUGGUAGAGCAGCUCCAGCAGUGGGAAUUCCCUGUCUGUGGCGUCUUCCUGGUGGACUCACAGUUCAUGGUGGAGACCUUCAAGGUCAUAUGUCCACUGCUAACACAUCUCACACGCUGCCUUUCAUACAGUCUUUAUAAUAUGCUAUAACAGUUAUAUUUUAAGUUAAUUGCAAAACAAUUGUCUCAAAAACCGAGUUCAUCUCUGGUAUCAUGGCUGCGUUGGGUGCCAUGGUGUCCUUGGAGAUCCCAACAGUCAACAUCAUGGACCUGUCAGAAUAGUAGCAUUCUUCCUUUUUAUGUGUGUAUCUGUUGCUGUGGUCUUUGUCCAUCUGGUUUUGUGUCUGUGUGUGUGUUUGGUUCUGAAUGAAUCCUGUGCACAAGCUUAGCGGAUCUGUAUUGGCUAGCACUGACAGAUCCCGCUCUCUCCAUACAGGUACCUGGACCCUGACAUGUACUCAAUGAUGGAGGACAACUCUGUCACCAUUAGGAGCAAGAAGUUCAAGAAGCUGACCAAAGCCAUCUGUGGUUUGGUAAGUUCAUGCCGUACCAGGGCUGUCAGAGUUAAUCAGUUAACUCUAGGUAACUUUUUGUAAUUUUAGUGCACACAUUUAUUUUUAAUUGUUGUUAAUCGCAUUGUCUGAAAGCUUUCAAAAUACACUGAAAACAUCCUAAAUACAUCAUCUACACAGUACAAUGCAAUGUAAAAACAAGUUGACAUUGGCGUUAAAGAAAGUAUGCUUUCUCAAUUUACCUAAUUUUGCUAAUUGUUCCUUUAGACAAAAUCAAGAACUGCAGUGGUCUGAGCAGCCCGCUUCGGCUCCGAGCAUCACAAGUUCGCGCCCAGUGCUGGGUAAUUGUUAUAGGGCUCCCGAGUGGCGCAGCGGUCUAAGGCACUGCAUCUCAGUGCUAGAGGCGCCACUACAGACCCUGGUUCGAUUCCAGGCUGUAUCACAAUCCGGCCGUGAUUGGGAGUCCCAUAGGGCGGCGCACAAUUGGCCCAGCGUUGUCCGGGUUUGGCUGGGGUAAGCCGUCAUUGUAAAUACAAUUUUUUUCUUAACUGACCUGCCUAGUUAAAUAAAAUUUUAAAGACGUCAAGGUUCUUGUAAUGUUUUUUGUGUGAGAAAUCUUAAAUUACAGCUUAAUUUGAGCAAAUUCAGAAUUUACGAAUAAUAAUAAUAAUGUAGUGGGUAAUCUGUCCAAUUUCACACAUGUACAAUCAUGCUAUUAACUCGAUUCAAUGUUAUUAUCGUUUGACAGCCCUAUGCCAUACACAACCGUGCAUAGAGAGAAGGCAGCACUGGUGUCCAUAAAUAAGUCAUGACCCCUAGUUUGUGUUUUCUAGAUGGAUGACUACAGCAUGGUGAGGUUCCUGCCUUUUGAUUGCACAGACGAGGAAUGCAUCAACAUAGUGCUUCAGCACAUCAACUUUUCCAUACAGUACGGAGAAGACUUGGAGUUCAAAGAACCA